AUGGCACACGUUCGUAAUUCCUUCUGUCGUGUCAUCCCACGAGUACGUGCAGUCAUUAGGUCGAUGGUUUCCCUCUCAUGGCUCGCCCUGACCAAGCAUCCUCAGCAGCUGGAUGGGCUCGCCAGAAAGACCGUCGACGACGGGUUAGGGCAUCCCCAGCCCUCUUACAAUGCCCUGGAUGAAUUGAUGCGCGAUGAACAGAAAUCCUCAGUACCAGAGUCCUAUGUCGAUGGAGACUCUGGUACCGGCCAGAGAUACUACACUGGCGAGAAACCCCAUAUCAUCGGCGAAUACUCUAUCGGCGAGAAAAUCCCAUACCAAGAAAGAACCCUAUACCGACGAAGAACUCUAUACCGACGAAAAGAAGUGCUACCAUAUGGUGAGGACUGGGAAGCCAGAGGCUCAUGGUCUUUUACAGAACGCCACUGA